GCUGCCCUGCCACCUGUCUUCCCCAGAGCCUGGAGCUGUGAGCAUCUGGCCCCGGCUCUUAUUGCAGCCUGAAAUAAGGCUGUGACCAGGACAGUCCAAGAAUGAUGCUGCCAGCUGAAGCCAGAGCUGGCCUGGGAACUCGCUCUGCUCAUUGGCCGCUGACCGCGGACAGCGCAGCCACGGACGCUGGCCAGGCACCUUCCAGCCUCCCCGCGGAGGGCUAGCCUGGAGGGGCCGGCGCUCCUCCCUGCCCACCGCAGGCCCCUCUCUCAGGAUGAUCUCCAAGGAGCAAAAGCAGCCGACCACAGCUGUCAUGGGGAGCCUCGCUGGGCCAGUCCCUUCGCUGGACCUGGGGAAGAAGCUGAGCGUACCCCAAGACCUGAUGUUAGAGGAGCUCUCGCUGCGUAACAACCGGGGGUCCCUCCUGUUUCAGAAGAGGCAUCGCCGUGUGCAAAGGUUCACUUUUGAGUUUGAAGCCAGCCAGCCGGGGACGGAGGCCAGAAGCCCCCGGGGAGAGGUGACGGGGGCCGCCGCGCCGGGGACGGUUGCCAGUGGCCCCCAGGGGCAGCACCUGCGCGCUUCCCCCCGCGGCCUCGAGGACGCCGGAGCCGCCGCCGCCGCCGCCGCCGCCCAGCCCGAGCGCGCCCGCAGCCCCAGCGCCCUGGCUCCCGGCUACGCGGAGCCGCUCCAGGCCGUCCCGCCGGAAAAGUUCAACCACACCUCCAUCCCCAAGGGCUACCGCUGCCCCUGGCAGGAGCUGGCCCGCCCCCGCGAGCUCCGCGGCGACCUCACGCCCCGCGUCCCCGACCUCCGCAAUUUCAACCGGACUCCCGUGCCAUUUGGAGGAGCCCUGGACGGGGAGACCUUUCACAGGGAAGGCACCCCCUUUGUCCCAGAGCCCUUUAGUGGCUUGGAACUCCUGCGCCUCAGACCCAACUUCAACAGGGUGGCUCAGGGCUGGGUCCGCAAGCUCCCAGAGUCUGAGGAGCUGUAGACGCAGCCUGUAACCUCUUUCUCAGCCUCAGAACUCCUGGAACAUCAGAUGCCAAGACUUACGGACUGCAUUUACAGUCUAUGAAGAGCCUGCACACACAACUGUUGUUGCAAAUGUCUCAAAGGUCACAGAGCUCAGUAGUUUCCAAAUGCAGAUGUGUUUCAAGGUCAGCUGAGGACAGUGGUCCUCACACAGACUUGCAGUGCCAAGAAUCUCUACUAGUAACUCGUCCCGCCAGGUGAUCGAAGUGCCCACAGUUUGCCUUUAGGAAUCCACACCCACGUGUCUGUCCCCCUGUUGCAGCCGCUGACACCCCCAUGGCGGCCGCUGACUCGCAGCCCAGCUCCCUGUGACCAUCUCUGAUGGGGAGCCUUGCCUCUCACUGAUGCCGUUGGCUCCAGCAGUCAUCUUGGGAUGUGCCACACAUGGCCAGGCUCGGGUCUUGAGGAGGAAAAGAUAGAGGGGAAGAGAGAUGUAUGGAGUGAUGAGUGGCUUUCAUUUCCCCUGGAGCACACGAAUUGACAACUGAGGCACGAAGCGUCACUGAUCAGAGCAAGGUCUCCCACCCUGGCCCUGAGGUAUGAUUCCAGAAACUUCUCCUACAAUUGGAGUGGGAUGUUGGAGGGGAUGAGAAUCCACUGAGGAAACAGGAGUGUGAUGGGAAGAGUGUCCUGGCAAGCAGGUAAAUCAGCACGUGCAGAACUGAGUCCAGAGGAGAAGGGGGGCGCAGGGGGGGGCUUUACUGAUGGCCGCACUGGUUGCUGUGUGGCGCACAGGCUGAGAGGAGCAAGGCUGGAGGCCGCAAGCCUUCAAGGAUGAUGCCUGGAAUAGGGGUGGCCCAGGGG